GCUCCACCUCGGCCGCUGUCUCUUUCGUGGACAUGACAAGGUGGACCAGUUCAGCUGUAUAAUGAAGGUGCUGGGUGUCCCUCCUAUGAAGCUGCUGGUGGAAGCGCCCAAGAGAGACAUAUUCUUUUAUUCUGAUGGCACCCCCUUGAGAAUUAAAGAGAUAGCGUGCCACCGCUCCACUCUGGUGCAACACCUGAACACUAAGAAAACCUGUUUUCUGCGUUUUAUUGAGCGCUGCCUCGAAUAUGAUCCCACAAAGCGCAUUACACCAGAGGAGGCCUUAAAGCAUCCGUGGAUUCGAAAGGUAGAGAGGACCAAACCUGUGAUGAGUGCUGGGAGAACCAGAUCGGAUGCCCUGCUGCCCUCCAGCGGCAAAAAGCCUGCCCUACUGCAAAGAGAGAAAAUGCCACCUCUGCAGCUUCAGCCAAUCAGGAAGACCAACGCAAAGAAGGGUGUGAAUUAAGAGGCAUGUAAAAGUUACCAUGAGACUGCCACAAACACACACACACAAACUUUCAUUAACAUUCAUUAUUUUGUAACGGCAGCUUGGGAUGAGGCAUAGCAACAAUGGUCUGUUGGUUUUUCUUUAAUAAUCUUUUCUCCCUGUUAUGUGUUUAGCUUCCUUCACUGCUGUCCGUGUCCC